AUGGGCAGCAAAAGAAAGCGUUCAGCUCAAGAUGCUGCAGUUGCAGCUCCUGCUGCCAAAAAGCAACAAAAAACCUCCAAGCCAACGACCAAGAAGCCCGUAGAAACUCCUGCUCCUCUCGAUACAUCACCAUUUGUCAACAACCCAAGAGGGGACGAUUUGAAGCGUGAAGUCAAUCUUUACGAUAUGCUCAGUAGUGAGGACGAUUCGCAACGACUUGAUGCCGCCAAUGCGAUUGUGUCUGGAUUGCUAGGCGGAGAUGGAGUCGAAGAAUCAACAUUACAAAAGCACUUGGAGAGAAGAUUGUUUCGGGGACUCGCAAGUGGCAGAAAGGGUGCGCGAUUGGGCUUCAGCAUUGUACUUUCGGAACUCUUGGCACAACUUUUCGGUUCGGCGAAUUUAAGUGCGACAAAAUAUACUGGAUUGACCUUCGAUAACGUCUUCGAAUUUUUGAUCCUCAAAACGAAACCCGAGGGCGAUCUUAGCGGACAGGAACAGAAAGAUCAUGCUCUUGGAUUAUUGUUUGGACUGCAAUGCUUUGUCAGGUCUAAGAUACUCUUUUCAAUUGAUGGCAAAUGGGAAUUGAUUCUGGACAAACUAUUGGAUCUAUCCAGCAAAAAGUCCUGGACUCGGGAGGAAUGCGGUUGGGUAAUUAUGGAAGCUUUGGAGCAGAUGAACCAAGAACAGGCGGAAUCUACCUUGAAGAAACUGUGCGAUGUUGGAUUAGGACUCUCACCAGAAGGUGUUGGUAUCUGGCUCAGAGCAAGGGACAAGUUUCCAAAAAUGAAGUUUCCAAGCAAUCCUUGGGGACAGAGUGGUAACCCAUUGGAGCACCUCAAUUCUCUUGCAAAAGCGCUCAAGGAGAGUUCUUCCAGCGAGGACACUUCGAGUAAAGGACAACAGGCCAAGCAAACUGGGACAUGGAAUGCGAAGUUACAUUUUGUCUGGGACAUUGUCUUGAGUCAAUAUGUUAAAGCAGCUAAUAGCAAGGCCAAGAACAUUAUGUCUGAAUUCGACAAAUUUUGGAAGGUUACUGUUGAUGAAAAUUUGUUUUCUGCAUCUGCAUCAAGAGAGCGUAAAUUUUGGGGCUUCUUGGUCUUUCAAAGAAUGAUCCAAAGCCAUAUUUCGUGUACAACACUUAUCACUAGUAUUUUCAGUCACAAUCUCGUCCGCUGCCUCAUCAAUCACGUUCAGGAAAAAGAUCGUUUCCUAAACCGGGCCGCCGACAAGUCGCUAAAGGUUCUUACGCACGCUGUGGAAGAGAAUCCUGAAGCAUUGGUUGUUGUCCUUCAAGGAUUGAUUGACGGUAAUGGUGCCUACAGUUUUGACCGGGUCACAAAGACAAAAACAAUAGAAAAAUUGCUAAGCAUGGUUGAUGACACAAACGGUGAAGCCGUUCUCGAUAUUCUCACCUCUCCUGUUAUGGUCGUACCAAGCUCGGAAACCAAUGAUGCCGAAAAACGUCGACAAAUGUUCGGAGACUAUGUUUUAACCGCAAUUCGACAUGUUGAUAUCACGGAGGCAUCACAAAACUCAAGUUGGAUCAAAACCGCUGCGUUACCUCAGCUUGCCUCAUUAGCAUACUCGAAUAACUCAGAAGCCAAACCUCCUAUUUCUGAAGCAACCCGAAUAUUGAUCAGAAACCGAUUGACAUCGGCAUUUACUCAUCUAUUAUCUAAUAUGGAUGGCUAUCAUUAUCCCUGUGAUUUAGUCAUUUCCUGCACACCUGAUGCAGUUGCUAUGGACGGACUCAUCACUGGUGCUAAAGAUGCUGCAUUCACUACAUUACAGAAACUCAUGAAGAAAGCAAAGAAAGGAGGAAAGGAUAAGGCAACUUUCCAAACCCUGUCAUUGUUAUAUGCUUUAGUAAUCUUUCAGUUAUAUAACGGAGAUGUUGAAGCCGUGUCCAUUCUAGAUGAGUUGAAGUUAUGUUACGACAACUUGAUCAAACACAAAUCAACAGAAGAUUCGGAAGUUGAACCUUUCGAGGUUCUCGUGGAACUCCUACUAUCUUUCCUCUCUAGACCAUCCGCUCUUCUCCGAAAAGUCACUCAACAUGUCUUUACUGCUUUCAUGAGUGAGAUGACUGAAGGUGGAUUGAAACUCAUGACAGACGUGCUGGAAACUAGCGAAAACAUGAGAGGACAGCAGGAAAUGUUUGAUGAGAACCCAGAUGAUGAAGGCGCGAUAGAUGUUGACGAAGAAGAUGACGAAAUGGACUCGGAUGUCGAAGUUGUUGACAUGAACGGCGAGGAGGGCCACUUGAAUGCACAUCUUGCAGACGAAGAGGAAGAGAGCGACGAGGAAGACAAUGAAGAAGAAUCCGAAGACGAUGAAGAUGAGGGAGAUGACGAGGCUAAUAAAGAGCUCAACGACGCUCUAGCAAAGAUUCUCGGAACCUCAGGAUUAGACCAAAAUGGCGAAGACGAGGAUGGCGAUAGCGACUCCGAUAUGACCGAUUCAGGGAUGGAUGCUCUAACACCGAAACUAGAGGAGGUUCUCGGGAGAAUGCAAAAGAAGGGGCCUAGUAAGAAACAAGAACAAAAGGACGCUAAGGAAAAUAUGGUCAACUUCAAAAGCAGAGUUUUGGAUCUUCUCGAUAUAUAUGCCAAGAAGCAAGCGUCUGAUCCCUUGGCCGUCGAAAUUUUACUACCUUUGUUACGGCUGAUCCGUACUACCAAAGCCAAACACUUGAGUGACAAGGCAUUCUCAAUAAUUCAAGCUUUCGCAAAGUCCAAAUCGAAGGCAUCGUCUUCAGAAGCUGAGGUAGAGAUUAAUGUCAAGGCACAAAUCGCCUUGAUCAAGGGUAUCCACGAAGAAGUACUCAAGGACCAGUCUAAGAUCUUCGCCAAAGCUGCCAGUACGGCUAGUCUAUCUUUGGCCUCUGGUAUAUACAGAGCGGAUAAGAGUCAAUUCGAGAAGAUUGGAAAGGUUUACCUGCACACGAUGACAAAGUGCGAUUUCGAAGGUGUGAAGAUUCAGGCUAGUUUUGUAAGUGACUGGGUUAAUUGGUGGCAAAGUCAUAUUGCUCAAGCUGCGGCAGGAGGUGCUGUGAAGGAGGAGUAG